AUGGAGGAAAGCUUAAAGAUAGUAAAUUUUCAAUUUACGGAUCAGAAUAUGCGCGGCCUUUAUCUUAGGGAAUUGAGAUAUUCAGUUAAGUCUGAUCCAAGAUCAUCAUUUAUGGAGGCAAUAGUGAAGUCAGAUGGCCAAAGAUUCAUUUUAGAAUAUGAUUUGAUUAAAAUCAUCGGUUCUGAUCCAGUAGAUUCACUUUUAGAUUAUGAUUUUCAUCGCCGACCAACUGAUCGAUUUGCCAACGACAUCAUUAACCCGACAGAUGAAAUAAUUCUGUCAGCCGUCAAAUACGAACGAUGGAGAAAUCUUAUCUAA